UUGAUUUAUUUGGAAUCAGAGGGAGGAAACUGGGUUUUUCCAGCUCUGCAACCUGUUCCGUGAGAAACAGAAAUGAGGAGAACACGGAGGCAGUGACUUCCCGCCGGCCCAUCCCUGGGGUCUGUGCUGAACACGUCGCAGGCGCCGGGUGACCUGGCGCGGUGACCCUGGGCUCUGGCUCUGCGCGGGGAGCAGGGACCCGGCGAGGGCAGAGGAGCCAUGGACGCCGGGCGCUGCCGCUACCAGUUCCGCAUCGCGCUGCUGGGGGACGCGGCGGUGGGCAAGACGUCGCUGCUGCGGUGCUACGCGGGGAUCGCGGAGCCCGGGGCGCCCGAGCCCACCGCGGGCGUCGAAUUCUACAGCCGAGCGCUGCAGCUCCCGGCCGGGCCGCGCGUCAAGCUGCAGCUCUGCGACACGGCGGGCCACGAGCGCUUCAGGUGCAUCACUAGGUCCUUCUACCGAAAUGUGGUGGGCGUCCUGCUAGUCUUUGAUGUGACAAACAGGGAAUCCUUUGAACACAUCCAAGACUGGCACGAGGAAGUCAUGUCCACUCAGGGACCCAACAAGGUGAUCUUCCUGCUGGUAGGCCACAAGAGUGAUCUGCAGAGCACCCGCUGUGUCUCCACCCAGGAGGCAGAGGAGCUGGCUACCUCCCUGGGCAUGGCGUUCAUGGAGACCUCAGCCAAAACAAACUGGAACGUGGACCUGGCCUUUGACACCCUCACAGAUGCCAUCCAGCAGGCCCUGCAGCAGGGCCACAUCAAGCUGGAAGAGGGCUGGGGGGGUGUCCGGCUCAUCCACAAGGCCCAUGUCCCCCAGGUCCCCAGUGGGAGGCAGCACCCAGGCCCAUGCCAGUGUUGACUCUGGGAGAGAAAGGGUGAGAAGAGCACCAACCUCAAACUCCUGGUGGGACGGAAGUGUUAGGUCACUGGAUGACAAAUGACAGAGGAUUAAUAUCAACAGUAUUGACCCAGUAUAACCCAGGUCAUGCCCCCUGGGUUUUGGGGACUCAGCUCAGCCCACUUCUGUCCUUGAACCUCAGUUUCCUCAACUGGCAAGGGGUUCCUAAAAGGUCCCACUGCACAAGAAGGUGUGCUCAUGAAUGGGGGACAAGACAUAGCCCCCAAGUGCCGGGGAAGCUGUUAUCCCUUGAUUGGCUGCGAUGUGGCCAUUUCUGGCAGCAUUCCUGGGCUUGGACGCUCAGAUAGGUGGUCAGCGUCCAGACGCAUCUGCCCUGGCCAAGGAGGAGUAUGGGAUUUCACCUGGCUUGGUGCCUCCUUAUGUCCUCAGGCCAGGAUUUGUCUGGGCUUGAAAUGAGGGGUGGCCUGCAACCCAGGGUUGCUGCCCAAUGGCUCACCCCAAUCCCAGGGGCUGUGUGUGGAUCUGGGAGGCAGGGGUGAACACAAAUGAGCAGCAAACAUAUUGGGCACACAGGGGACCCUGUGGUGAGCCACCACAAACCUGCCAGCUGCUGGAAGUUCUGCUGGGGAGGACGUCAGCUUGCAGCGCUUCUGGGGAGGACCUCAGCUUGCAGCGCUCCUGGGAACUACCCACACUCAGGGCAGCCCACAUCCAGCAUCGCUCUUUGGCAGUGUUAAAGGCCUUGCUCUCUUGCCCCAGUGCUGGCCAACCCUGAAAGCCUAACCCAGCCUCAUCAUCAAUAUGACGUCCACCCAAGUUCUCUCCCUGCCCAAUCCUGCUUCCUUCCCUUCCUUCUCUGGCCAGGUGUGGGUGUCAAGAUGCCCCUAAUCAAUGUCUGCUCACUGAUCUCCAUUCACAGUCUGCUUCCUGGGGAUCCUGCCUUGCAACAGGAGUGGCUAGGUGGGAAGGUCCUGGGGGUAAUCAAGGAAGGCUUGCUGGCAGAGAUGGUAAUUGGCCCUUCACCAAAUUAUCUUACCC